GGGGCCGGCGCCACGCGUCGUCGCUUUCAAUCGCGGGCUCGCAGCUGCUCUUAAACCGCUCCACCGUGAGCGUGGCCGUCGUGCCAUGCCAUUGUUGCUCUCUAGCUCGAACCCGGCCCUUAGAAGAAGCACUUGUAGCUGAUCUCGUCCUGGCAGGCAUGGACGGCAAGACGGAGAUGCUUCUUCCGCGCCCUGUGACCGUGGCCAAGAAGAAGAUCCCAGGUUCUGUCUGGCUGGUCUGCGGAUGGGCGCUCCUCAGCGCCUGCGCCAUCGCCUUGGGCCACUACGAUCUCCCCUGCAGACAGGCCACGUUCGUUCUGCGGUGCGGGUGCGUUGAGCUGACGGACACCAAGGCCGCCUGCUUGAGCGCCCUCUGGAUCGGGGCCCUGCUCUGCACCGCGUCCCAGGCAGCCGCGGCGGCGCUGGCGCUGCUGCUCCCACGCCUCCACCCCGAGCUGCUCUCGCUCUCGCUCUGGCUCGCUGCCACCGGCCACUGCAUGGCCAGCGGCGCCGUCUUCAUCCUCUGCUUCGCCGAGCCAUGCCCAGGAUGCUGCUUCCACAGCACACUCUUCCACCUGGCCCUGUGCUUGUUGGAGUUGGGCGACGUCGUCGGCUCCAUGGCUCUCGUCGUGGGAGCGGUGAGGAGUAAGGCACACAGCAUGUAGGCGAUUAGCCCAGCAAGCUGCAGGGCACUGUAUGUGUCCAUGGAUCAGCUCAAGAUCGAGACUAAAAAGAAACGGAGGGAGUAGCUAGCUACAUGUAUGGAAGAAAACGGCCGAGCCGUGUGGCCGUUGCGUGAGGUAAUUAGCUAGUGCUGACGUGGGUGCGUCUGUGCAUGUUAGUGGGUUAGUGGCUGUGUUCUGGCCGUGUGAGUCCGGUUAUAUAAGCCAUGUUUUGGCGUUGUGUUAAGAGUGAGAAUUGAACAAGAGGAAAAGGCACAAGUGUGUGCGGUGCCACAAAAAAAAUUCCCUGUGUGUUCAUGUUCUACCUCUUGUGUAUGUGUGUAGUUUCUUUCUAGCUUCAUCCUGGGCAAAGCCAACAGUAUCCAUAUGGGUUUGGUCCGGAUUUUUCAUUA